CCCCAUCCCCAGUCAAAUGCACCCCCAUCUGAGAAUCGAGGUAACACACAUGCAUGCUUUUCUUCGUAGCGCAGCAGAACUCCGUUUUUGGCUCCGAUUUGCCUGCCAAUGGUUGCUCAUUGUGUGCUGCUUUACGUUUGGACGAAAAACGAUAGAGGAUUUCCUAAUAAGCUUGAUUAUAUGGAGCCGGACAAUCAAGGAAACCAACCGUUCGUUGAUUACAGAAGAUAACAAAAUGAAUCUUGGGGCAGAAAUGUUGUACAUUCUGAUCUCAUCGAUGUUCAUAUUCGACAAAGUGCAUUCGGCGAAUAUAGCUUUCUAUGGCGGGCCUGGAGUAGGCAGUCACUUCAGUUCAAUAACUGCUAUUGGCGAGGAGUUGGUUGGGCGUGGCCACAACGCCACCGCCAUCAUCAGCGGUGAAGUAACAUCCGUACCCAACGACGACAGAUACUCAAAACUCUUCAACUUUGUCAGAACAAAGCGCACCCCUUCAGAGGGGAGACUCAAGGAAAAGAUAGACUUUGUAGCCCGAGCCGCUGUCUCUGGUGAUUUUCUCGGAGAGUUUAGAAAGAAUAAAGAGGCGCUGCAUGAAUAUUGGUUAAAUGACUGUGACGAUAUGCUGCAAGAUGAUAAUUUCAUUAAUAGCCUAACCGAAGCCAGCGUAGACAUUCUUAUCAUUGAUCCCGUCUUUGGAUGCCCGAAUCUCCUACCAGUUAUACUCAAGAAGCCCUUCAUCUUCUUCUUUCCAACUCAUCUUGAAGAACACCUUGCUGAUGCUUUAGGUUCUCCUGUGAACAAUGCUAUACGACCGUCAUACUCGAGUAGUUUCCCGCUACGGAUGACGUUUUGGCAGCGUCUUCGCAAUUUUGUACGGGUAAAAGUAUUUCCAUCUUUUCUCACCAUGAGGAUGAAGAGCACUCAAGAUUACAUGGCUUUACGAAAUAUAUCUCCACAUUUAUCUCCCAUUGAUAUUUUCAACAAGGCGGAAUUACUUCUCGUCAACAUGGAUUUUGCCGUCGAGUUUCCCUUUCCCAUCGCACCGAAUGUAAUUCCGGUCGGUGGCGUCACAACCAAACCUGCCAAGCCGCUUGAACAAAACCUUGAGGAGUUUGUCCAAAGCUCUGGUGAAGAUGGUAUUAUCAUCUUCACCAUGGGUUCUUACGCAACCUACAUGAAGGAGGAGCUUAUUAAAGAGUUUAUAACGGCAUUCUCACGACUACCUCAAAAGGUCCUCUGGAAGACUAGUCGCAAUUUCUCCGAAGAUAUCAACCGAUUCAAGUUCAAACCGAUGACGUGGAUGCCACAGAAUGACCUACUUGGUCACAACAAGACAAAGCUAAUCAUCUUUCAAGGAGGAAACAACGGGUUCUAUGAAGUCGUUUAUCAUGGUGUACCGUGCGUGGUCAUCCCCCUACUCGAGGAUCAGUACGACAUCGCUUCAAGGAUUAUCCAUCACGGAAUGGGAACGAAGCUCGAUUACCACACUCUAAACGCUGAAAAGAUCGAAGAGGCAGUCAGAACAGUGUUAGAAAAUACGAGUUACAAAGAUAACGCAGCAAGGAUAUCUUCGAUGUACAGACAUCGCACGAUGAGGCCCGUUGAGAAAGCAGCUUUCUGGGUUGAGCACGUGAUCCAAUAUGGCGGCACUCAUCUUAAAUCUAUCGCGGGAGAAGUGCCCUGGUACCAAUACCAUCUGGUCGACGUUAUUGCUUUUCUCACCUUUUGCCUUUCUAUAAUAUUUAUCAUUUUAAUUUUCGUUUUAAAAAUAACGAUAAAAUUAAUAAGCAGUAUGUGGAGGAAAUAUCGACAUGUAAAUGAAAAGAAAGAUGAUUAGCGUAUAGGCACAUUCCUAAGAU